GAUCAGUAUUUUCAAAUCCUCUCUCUCCUGCUUAAAGUCUUCAGCGGUUAUUUCCUGUGGGAAAAAGACUCAAGUCCUGUGCUCUGGCAACUUGGGCUUUCCUUCUGCUCCUGCAGCACGCCACAGGACCUUUGCACGGCCCGGACAGGUCUUGUCCUCCCUGCCUUUUGCCUGGUUAACUCAACCUUAGCAUCUCAGCUCCUGUCACUCUCGGGAAGCCUGCGGGGGAGAGGUGCGGGUAAGGUUCCCCUGUUGGAUGUUCCACCGAACCGGCCCUUUAGUUUGUAAUGACUAGUUCAUUGAUGGGGUUUUUGUAUGUGGGAGAUUUGUUUUUGAUGUCAGUCUCCCCCACUCAAUUAGACUAUGGGCGCCAGGAGGGCAGGGAUUGGGCUGUCUCCCAGCGCCUACUAGAUGCCUGGCAGGUAGCUGACUAUUUCUGUGCAGAGUGGAGCCUAGAGGCGGCUGUUCUGGCUGGAGGGACGUGUGCUGAGCUGGGAGACAGGCCAGGCAGGCAGCCUCUACAGCUAAAAAGACCUUGGCUCUCAGAGUGUUUUGUUUAUUCAUCUUGAGGCUUAGAAAAAACGAGGGCGGCAUUGGAAGGACAAUUUGCCUUGUUCCGGGGACUCUUAGUCAGGGAUGUGAGAAAAGCAAAGCCCUCGUUGCCUGUCUCAGUAGGUCUCUGACCCCGCGAGAGGCCCCUCCUCUUGGACCUCUCAGCGGUGGCGUCAGGCCUGGCCUCCCCGCUUAGCUGGGCAACCUCGGGCCAGUGGCUUCACCUCUGCCCCGGGGCUGCAUCGGGGAAGGGAGCGGGCAGGCAGCCCCCGCGGGCAGGCUUCGAGCCGGGGCUACACCUGUCCACACUCGGGCGGCGGCGGAGCGCGGGCUGCGCGUGGACGUUCCCGCGGGCCGCCACCUGUGACGCCACGCGCGUUGCUAUGCAACCGCGAACGCCGCGGUAGCCUGAGGGCAAGCGGACGGCUGGGAGCUUGGGUCCUGCGGCGCCUGCAGCGCGGAUCCCCCACUUCCCCGCCAGGGCCCGGCCUCGGGGAUAGACGAGCCCGGCCGCGGAAGGAGGCAGCGGCCCCGGCUCCGGCCUGCGACUCACUCGGAGGCCCCGCGAGGCGUCCAGUCCUCCCUCCGCAGCCCCGACCCCUCCACGAGGACCCGCCCCUGUGCCGGCCCUGCCCCCUGCGCCCGGCUCUCGCCGCGUCCCCGCUCCAGGCGGCCAGGGGUCCCCUGCCGGCGGUUGUCUGUCCCGACCGCGUAGUCCGGGUCGGCCCGCGCCCGGGGGAGCCCUGCGGGGGCGCGAUGGCCUCGGAGUCGGUGAAGGUGGUGGUGCGCUGCCGCCCCAUGAACCAGCGGGAGCGGGAGCUGAACUGCCAGCCGGUGGUGACGGUGGACUCGGCGCGCGGCCAGUGCUUCAUCCAGAACCCCAGCGCCACCGACGAGCCGCCCAAGCAGUUCACCUUCGACGGCGCCUACUUCAUGGACCACUUCACGGAGCAGAUCUACAACGAGAUCGCCUACCCGCUGGUGGAGGGUGUCACUGAGGGCUACAACGGCACCAUCUUUGCCUAUGGCCAGACGGGCAGCGGGAAGUCCUUCACCAUGCAGGGCCUGCCCAACCCACCCACCCAGAGAGGCAUCAUCCCCAGGGCCUUCGAGCACGUUUUUGAGAGUGUGCAGUGUGCGGAGAACACCAAGUUCCUGGUCCGGGCCUCCUACCUGGAGAUCUACAACGAAGAUGUCCGUGAUCUCCUCGGGGCUGACACCAAGCAGAAGCUGGAGCUGAAGGAGCACCCGGAGAAGGGAGUGUACGUGAAGGGGCUCUCCAUGCACACGGUGCACAGCGUGGCCCAGUGCGAGCGCAUCAUGGAGAGGGGCUGGAAGAACCGCUCCGUCGGCUACACCCUGAUGAACAAGGACUCCUCCCGCUCCCACUCCAUCUUCACCAUCAGCAUCGAGAUCUACGCUGUGGACGAGCGUGGCAAGGACCACCUGCGGGCAGGCAAGCUGAACCUGGUGGACCUGGCGGGCAGCGAGCGGCAGUCCAAGACGGGUGCCACCGGGGAGCGGCUCAAGGAGGCCACCAAGAUCAACCUGUCGCUGUCCGCGCUGGGCAACGUCAUCUCGGCCCUGGUGGACGGGCGCUGCAAGCACAUCCCCUACCGCGACUCGAAGCUGACGCGGCUGCUGCAGGACUCCCUGGGCGGCAACACCAAGACGCUGAUGGUGGCCUGCCUGUCGCCUGCCGACAACAACUACGACGAGACGCUCAGCACGCUGCGCUACGCCAACCGAGCCAAGAACAUCAAGAACAAGCCGCACAUCAACGAGGACCCCAAGGACGCCCUGCUGCGCGAGUACCAGGAGGAGAUCAAGAAGCUCAAGGCGAUCCUGGCCCAGCAGAUGAGCCUCAGCAGCCUGUCAGCCCUGCUGUCCAACCAGGUGCUCCCAAACCCUGUCCAGACUGAGGAGAAGCCUUCGUCCCCGCCUGCGAUCCAGCAUGACACGGAGGCUGAGAAGCAGCUGAUCCGGGAGGAGUACGAGGAGCGCCUGGCCCAGCUGCGGGCAGACUAUAAGGUGGAGCAGGAGUCCAGGGCCCGGCUGGAGGAGGACAUCACUGCCAUGCGCAACUCGUACGACGUGAAGCUGUCCACGCUGGAGGAGAGCCUGCGCAAGGAGACAGAGACCGUCCUGAAGGCAGAAGUCCUCUUCAACACCGAAGUCAUGUCCAAGGCCGAGUUUGCCAACGUGUCUGAGUGCACACCUGCUUUCCAGUACGAGAUGCCAGUGAAGCCCGAGACGCACUCCAUCAGCGACCCUUCAUCCAGCGAGGGCGUCUGCACGGCUGGGCUCCCUUCCCAGUGUGAGGACCUGCCCAGGGUGGGGACCUCCAAGUCCGAGAGUUCCUUGGGGUCUGAUGAGUCGUCCACACUGGAAGGAACCUCCACGCCCGAGGCCUUCCUUGGGCUCCAGGAGCCCCCCACCCUGGAGCUCCCCCCUGUGCCCGAGGUGGAGGCGAAGAGCAAGGACUUCCUGGAUGAGCUCAGCCAGGUGGCCCUGCUGGGGGAGGAGCCCUCCCUCCAGGAAGUGGAGCCCCAGCUGGUGCCCCUGGAGCUGCUCCCCGGCCUGCAUGACCCCUUUGCCAACAUGGAAGCCAAGCUGGCCAGGCUUUCGUCCACCAUGGCCCUGGCAGACGCGCCCCAGACGGACAUACCCAAGGUCCCCAUGCAGCACCCCUUCCUGACAGAUGUCCCUGAGCUCAGUGACUUCGGGGCUGAAGCUGAGGCAGAGGGCGGCCUCCUGCCUGAGACAAAAGCACAGCAGGCCCCAGGGAACGAGAGGAAGGCUUUAAAUCUACUCACAUUUUUGGAGAGAGGAAGCUACCUGCCAAACUCUGGACCUGAGCACUGGGAGGCUGACCUGGGCCAGGAAGAGGACAAAGACACGGUGUUGGCAGCAGAGCCUGGCGGGGGGCCCGAGGCCGAGGUCCAGCCCCUGCUGGCCAUGACGAGUUCGAGAAGGGACAGUGUGGGCGUGGAGCUGGCAGUGCUAACCGACGACCUGAUGCCCAUGGUGGACCAGCAGCAGGUCAUCGCCCGCCUGCAGCUGCUGGAGCAGCAGGUGGUCGGUGGGGAGCAGGCCAAGAACAAGGACCUGAAGGAGAAGCACAAGCGACGGAAACGCUACGCGGACGAGCGCAGGAAGCAGCUGGUGGCCGCCCUGCAGAAGUCCGACGAGGACAGCGGGGAGUGGGUGCUGCUCAACGUCUACGACUCCAUCCAGGAGGAAGUGAGGGCCAAGAGCAAGCUGCUGGAGAAGAUGCAGAGGAAGCUUCGGGCGGCAGAGGUGGAGAUCAAAGACCUGCAGUCGGAGUUUGAGCUCGAGAAGAUUGAUUACCUGGCCACCAUCCGCCGGCAGGAACGCGACUUCCUGCUCUUCCAGCAGCUGUUGGAGCAGGUGCAGCCGCUGAUUCGCCGGGACUGUAACUACAGCAACCUGGAUCGGGUCCGGCGCGAGUCCUGCUGGGACGAGGACAACGGCUUCUGGAAGAUCCCGGAGCCCGUGGUCAUCAAAACCAGCCUCCCAGUAGCAGUUUCAACAGGGCUGCAGAACAGACCAGCCCGCAAAACCUCCGCGGCAGACAGCGGCGAGCUGGGCAUGCAGGAAGAAGACCGCUACAGGCUGAUGCUCAGUCGGAGCGACAGUGAGAAUAUUGCCAGUAACUACUUCCGGCCAAAGCGGGCCAGCCAGAUCCUCAGCACAGAUCCCAGGAAGAGCCUCGCCUAUCACAGCUCGCCGCCAGGCCUCAGCUCCCCCCUCGGCAACAGCUCCGCCAUACCACCCUCCCAGGCCGCUGAGAUGCCCCAGCCCCGGCCCUUCCGCCUCGAGUCCCUCGACAUCCCCUGCACCAAGGUCAAGCGUAAGAAGAGCAGAAGCAGCUUUGGCAGCGAGCCUCUGUGAACACAGCUGCCUGCUGGGGGCUUCGGGACUGCCAGGCCCCCCGGGGCAGCCCCAGCCAGGCCUCCUCUCCUGCCCCCGGGUGACAGGGGCGCUGGAGGGGGCCCUCGCCCUGGAGGGCAAAUUCCCUUCCCUGUUCCCCAGAGAGCCCACUGCUGCCCGGGCGGGAGCCCCUCGGAGCUAGACCGUCCUUGGAAAGGCCCCUCCAGCUCCCAGUGCCACGUCAGUAUUUCCACCUGCUCACCUGCCACGGAGCCGCCAUCUGUGCCCACCAGUGUUGUUCAGAGCCCCAAUGGGCUCUGCCUCAAGGCCUUUACCGACAGCGUGUCAGCAACUUCCCCGUGGAUCGCGCUCAACGUGUCGGUGAUGGAAAACUGUGCUUCUGUCCGGUUGGCCCCACUUCCUGGGGGAAGCCCCGCAGGACGGUGCGCGAGGCCUGAGCAGUUGCCCCUGGUCUGUGGCUCCCGGCCGGUCUGUGGCCCAAGGAGCCCGCUCCGCAUUAAGCUGCCCCAAUAAACUGUCUUUUACCCACAAGCCCCCCUCCCUGGUUCUCUGGCAGCGGCACCGGGCCCCUCCCUGCCUGGAAGCCCUUCCUGGAGCCCGGGUCUCAAACAGCCGAGGCCGUUAGGACAAACAGGCUCCCAGGUGUCUGCGACAGUGCCCUGCGGUUGUGAGCACCAGUGCUCGUUUCUGGGGAAAGCGUCUGACCUGCCAUUAGGCUCUCAAAGCAUCUUCGACCCAGGAAAGCCGAACCCUUGUUUAGGAAACCGGCUGCGGCCCAAAGGAGGCCCAGGUGGGGUCUGCCCUCGGGGGCUGUGCUGGAACCGGGUGUCCUGACAGGGCCACCCCAGCAACCUAGGCCCACACCCCUCCCCUAGUUCCUUGUAGCCCAGGCCUGCCUCCUGGGAGGGGCUCAUACUCCCAGGGAGAAGUUUUGGCCUUUGGUGCUGUCCUGAGCCUCAUUUCACUCUGAGCCUCAUCUGUGAGACGGGGAUAAACACCCGCCUCCUAGAGUUCAUGUGAAGGUAAAACGCGGUGGUCUCUAAAGUUCCGGUGCACAGCAGGUGCUCCGGGUCAGCCCAUCCUUCCUCCUCUGUUAUUAUAUUUCGUUAUCGAUUUCAGAGAGGAAGGGAGAGGGGGAGAGAAACAUCAAUAAUGAGAACCAUUGAUCGGCUGCCUCCAGCACGUCCCCUACUGGGGAUCGAGCCCGCAACCCAGGUGUUGGGGGC